GUAAAAAAGUAUGCCAAACGGGAUUUAUUAACGAUAUUGGUGCUUACGAUGCUGUCAUGGCGACUGCUCAUGAAAUCGGUCAUUUAUUAGGAAUAAAUCAUGACGAAAAAAAUGACGGUAAGUGUGGCUUCGACGAUGGCUACAUCAUGGCUCCGAUAUUGAAUUCCAAAAAGACAUCAUGGAGCUGGUCACCUUGUUCGCAUUCGGAUUUAGACAAUUUUAUCAGCAUGGAAAAUAAGACCUGUUUGUACAACAAACCCAGAAGCCAUGGAGUAUUACCAAGACUACUGCCCGGAAAAAUAUUAGACGGCGAUGAACAGUGCAAAAGAUCGGGAUUCCUCAAAGCAAUACUUGAUAAAAAAAUGUGUCUUAAAUUAAAGUGCCUUAUGGAUAGUGGUAAAAUUGAAGUUCAUAAUAUUUCUUCAGAGAGUGCUGCUGACGGGACUACUUGUGACGAUGGAAAAAUUUGUCUUCGUGGAAUUUGUCGACCGGAAAGAUCUGUGAAUUAAUAUUAUCACGGUCGUAAUAAUUUAAACAAAGGAAUACGUUAUAUAGAGGAGUUGAGCUUCUUUUUGAUUAGGUUUAUGGUAUUGGCAGUAAUAGCUGGCUUUUGCUGUCAAUUUUACGGUUCUUUCUUGUAGAAAAAUUUUUAUAUUGCAAUUUAAAAUACUGUAAUAAUUAUAUCAUUAUGUAAUUUUUUAGUUUUACGAACAGAUACUUCAAUAAA